AUGAAAGGUCUUCUACUCUUGCAUCUACUAAUCAUAUCAAUAUCUAGCACCAAUGCUAGAAUACAUUCCAAAAAUGUUCCAAUACCAACUACUGAUGAUCAACAGAUGUUGGCGAAAGUGAAAAUUUAUUCCAAUCUUGCUGAAAUUAUUCAGCCACUUGGUGAAUUACCACUAGAAUUUUCUGCUGAAGAUUGGUCUAAUAUUCGUUCUGAUUCACUGACUCUCAUUGGCUCAAAUGUCACUGUAACACGACAAACAAUUACUGAGAAGAAAAAUUCACUUAACAAUCAUCUCAUUUAUGUUCGUUCACCCUCAUCAUCACAAACAGAAACAAAAUUUCUCCAAGCAACAAUGAUUGAUGAAAAUAUAAAUCUUGUUCAACUUAUUGAUAAUAAUAUUAGUCAAGAACCAAUCUUUUUUACUGUUCCAUCUGAUCAUAUACUUUAUAUUAAUAAACCAUCUCAAUCAAAAUAUUAUGUUAAUUUUACAUACUAUACAACAGAUACAGUAUAUGUUAGUUAUCUUCGUUCAAAUCUUAAUUGGAAAACACGUUAUCAAUUAUAUCUAUUUGAAGAAUCAAAGAAUCCAAUAUUAAUUGCAAUGGCUGAUAUUCGAAAUAGUGGAAAAUCAAACAUUGAUAUCGUAUAUGCUGAACUUCUUGGUGGUGAUAUUAAUUUACAGAUGUCUGAACAACAAAAACCUUCGACAACAUUUGACUCGUCCGCCGAUGGAGGUGGAACAGGUGGAUUGACACCUAAUCCAUCAGUUGAACAAGGCCAGGAAAUCGCUGGUCUAUAUGUAUUUACAAUUAAUCAACCAGUUUCUAUUGAUGCAAAAACAAAUUAUCUUUUACCAAUGUUUCGUCCACAAGUGAAUGUGGAACGUUUUGUACGAAUUCAUAAAAUAUAUUUUAAUGGUGCUGGAAAAUCGAUUGGUAAAGCUGUACGUACAUAUCGUUUAUCAGCUGAUCGUUUUAUUUCUCGUGGAAAUUGUAUGAUACGUGAAUAUGAUCGUCUCGUUGGUGAAACAUUUUUACCAAAUUUAGCUGCUAAAAAUAAACAUGAAUUUUCAAUUGGUGAAGAUUCAGAUAUUGUUUAUAAUGAAACUGUUACUUUAGUUUCAUCACGUACCUACAAUGAAACUAUUCAACCAGACAACAGAGUUGAACAACGAACACAAUUUAUUUACGAUGUUAAUGUUUUAUUAAAAAAUUUUAAAACUAAUCGAUCAGUGAAAGUAGAAUAUAAACAAAUAAUUUAUGGACGAUCGGUGAGAUUAAUAGCAUCUAACGGUGAAUGUACACAAGAUGGAACAAUAUUGGAAUGUAAAAUGACAUUAGAAGCUGAGGAAGAAAAACUUCUUUCAUAUAAUGUUGAAAUCAUCAAUUAA